AUGUCGAUCGUUUCGCGAACACGAGGCAAGAGUAGCGACCGCAAGAACAGCGUUUCCUUGCAGCCGAGCAAGUCGACUCUAUGGCGCCGUGCUCGAGACCGCCCAACGCUGAAAGACAAGGCCGUACGCCAACAAUAUCUCACUCCCUGCGAAGAGGAAGCGCUGGUCCGCUACGUCCUGGAAUAUGCCGAACGUGGAUAUCCUCUGCCUGCUAAGUCCCUUCGAUCACUCGCGCUGGUUAUCGCUCGUCGUCGAGGCUCUGACGACCCCGACCUGCAUUUGCCCGGCAAGAAUUGGCUUUAA